AUGGACCUACGAAUCCGAUUCCUCGAUAAAUACGUUCAAAUUUUUGCGCAGCGAGGUGAAAUCGGGAUUUUCGAAAAGUUACCCGAGGUCCAUGAGGCAAAAUUCCUGAUUGUUUCUGGGAAUGUCACGCGUUUAAAGCUAUUGAAAGUUGAUGGCGGCCCAUACAAAACAAGCCCUAAUGUCACUUUUUCGCUGGGAAAUGAUACGAGAUUCGACUUGUUGCUUCAGCCCCUGCCGGAAGUGAAUCCGGAUCGAUGGGAGGCGUUGAUCGAAGGGAAGUAUCCGCCGAGCCAGUCAGCUGGAUGGACACGCACAAAGCGAAAGAGCAGCGGCGGCGGUCGAGGCGGUAGUCACUCGAGGAGUUCGAGCAGUCAUGGCGCCAGUCACAGCCAUUCCAGCGGCGGUGGUUACGGUAGUUCGUCGUUCCACGGGUAUACACUAUCAUCGCACCGGUCCUCUUAUCACUCCUCCUCGUCCUCCCACUCGAACAGCUAUGGAAAGCCGCAAUACGGGGUUUAUUGGUUUUCGCCGCCGGUUGGAGGAUACUACACAAUUCCGCACUCGCCCAAUAAAAAUGCCAACAAUACCCACGUUUACACGCCCGCCUCCUACUCCUACCGAUGGAACGGCAGCACCCAUUACUCCCCCAGCGAGGGCCACGGCCUAAAAUACGACCCAAGCUUUGUCGUUGACAAGGGAACUCUGCCUAAACCUAAACGGAUCGAUAUCCUGCUCUAUGUAGCUAAAGAAGCGGAGAUGACACCUGCCUGGGUGGUCUCCUUCCGUUUUACGGAACGAAGCGUCGUGCUCAACACCUAUGAUGGCCAUUGGAAGGACGAGGACCGAGCCGAUUUCAUGCCGAUUGACGAUUGGAGAUUGGUCGACCUCGUGAUCUGGAAGUACAGCUCAAAAAUGCACAUCUUCAUCAACAACUACGAAUUUGCCACGUAUAACAUGAACACGCCGCUUUAUAAAAGUAACACCAUGCGGAUUACAGGGGAUUUAGAGAUCCUUGGAGUGAAAAUGAAUGAUCAAGAAACAAUGGAAACGCGACACGCUCCCUUAUUGAGAAAACCCUCACAUUCGAGGCAUAAGACGCUAAUCUCCACGGCAUCUGUGAUAAGCUUGGUAAUUGUUGUAAUUGCACUUGCUGGCCUCCUCAUUGCCAGCUAUUUUCUGAAGGAAACACCGGAAACCCUCGAAACUUUGAUAAACGGAACCGAAACUCAGGAAACUUCCGGGCGGCUUGGCAUGUUGACUUCAAGUACAAAAUUGUACGAUACAAGAAGCAACGGUCACAACGCUACGAAUCGUGAAGAGUGGUCGCCAACUUUUAAGCUCUCCUUUCGCUUCGACCUGAAUACGACAACCCUCAGCCGAUUCGACGGAGGAUGGGUAGAUGAAGAAAAAGCGGAUUUCCUGCCGAUAGACGACUGGAGGCUGUUCGAUCUGGCGAUCCGCCCUGCAAAUCACAAGCUAUACAUUUACAUCAACAAUUACGAGUUUGCCAGCUAUAAAUUGAGUUCCGAAAUCAUGGCCAGUGAUUAUCUUGGGAUCGAGGGUGAUGUGGAGAUCCUCGGCCUUAAGGAGGAUGGCCUGUUGGCA